AUGUCGGACCCAAAUUGGAGCUAUCCGUCACAAAACAACCAGGGAGGAUGGCGUUCAGGUAUUCUCAUUUUUAUGUUUUUGAUUUUUUUGUUUUUCUGAUUGAAACACUUAAAAAGGAUGCUUUUUUUCUAAUUGGUCCAGAGCGUUUUUAUUCUGAGUCAAUGAAAAUCGAGAAAGUUCAUAGAUAUAAAAGUGCAAGUUGGGCAACUCUCACUUGACAAGUUUCUUCCCAUGGUUUAUAGUUUUUCACAGCGUUCACGAAAGCGUGGGGAAACUGAAAAAAAAACGGCAAUUUUCUCUUUAUUGCUACAGUAAUCGAAGCUUAUUUAUUUCCGCUUUUUUCUUUUGCAUUUUUAACGUAAGAUUGUUAGUUUUUAAUGAUAGCUUCGUUUAGUUUCGAUUUUCAAACAAAAAAUAGAUUCAAAUUUUAAUACAUCAUUUUCAAGAAUUUUAAUUCAGACCACGCGGUGAGCAAGCCAAUAAUGGUGGGUGGUGGUCCCGCUGGAGAACCAACGAUGUCGCCGCGAUCGGAAUCCCUGGGACCCAGUGUCGGGGCUCUCCAAAUGCAAAUCGUCGACACGGUUUGCGGAUCUCCUGCCUCCGCCAACACCCGAUAUGUACGUUUCAUCUUGUUUUAUUUUUCGGAAUUUCAGUUUUUCUAAUAGCUCCCGAUGAUGAUUUUACCAAAAAGAGAAUUUUUGAGAGAAGUUCUGUAAUCAGGAAAUAUUCCAUACGAAGUAACUUUUUCUGGAGUCAGUUUAGAUUUCAAUUCAUGAUUGAACAGGAAAUAAAGAAUUCUCUAUGUUUUCUGAAAGCUAGAACAGUUUUUAGACCUUAAACUUGACCAGUUGCAAAGAAAAUGAAAUAAACCAGAAUAUUUUCCAGCCAACAUCUGGCAGAGACAGUCGGUCGAACGAAAGAAAAGAAGAGAGACGCUUUGAAAUUGGCAAUACGAAUGGAUCUUCCCACCAAUUCGGAAUGCCGAUCCCCAUUCCGUGCGACGGCGUCCAAGGCACUCCUGAUUUUCAAGUGAGUUGCAAGCUCCAAGCUUUAAAAAUAUUUUAGCGCGGAAUCAAGACAAAUGAGUUGUUUUUUUAGUCUGUCUGAGCUCUACUUUUAGAAUUCAAAUAUAAGAAAUUUUAUCGCUCCAUUUCUUUCACGAUUCGAAAAAAGUUUAAUCAAAUGGCGCGUGUUUCAAAUUUGUAGGUUUUUGAGAUCAAUUUGUCCAAGUAUAAUUUUUCAGCUUGAAUUAUUAAGACAAACUUUUCCAAAAUCAAAAAGGAAAAAGUUCAGUUCAUGCAAUAUUUUUGACCAUAUCACGAGUCUAAUGUUCAAAAUUUGCAGAUGACACCGUUUCUCGUGCAAGGAGGGCAUGUGAUCGGCGGCUCAAACCAUAUUCUUGGUUCGACGCCGACUGGUCCAUCAGGAUUUCCUUGUGGAUCAUGGGGUACCGUUUAUCCCUCGAACCCUAUGAUUUCGGGAACGCCUACCGAUACAUCCAAUGGUUUUUUAUUUCAAUAUUUGAUUAUUAAAUAUAAAAUCCAGUUUUUGAAGUAAUUAAAAAUGAAGGUUCGAAAAAAUUGGAAAGUGGAGUCUCGUAGUAAAUUAACCAAAAGUAGUGUUUUUUUCUAAUAUGCACAAAUAACUAGCUUAAAAAAAGCGUUCUCACUUGUAAUUUUGUACGAAAAAGUCUGAUCCUAACUUGAUACGAAAAAAAAAGUUUUAACUAAACCUGAAAAUAUUUUUCUUAAAUCUGAAAUCUUUUAAUCCAAAAUAACUUCAGGUAUGCCGAGGGAGAGCAACUCGAACACGAUGUAUUCCUCCUCUCCACCGUACAGCGUUUUCCCGAACACGCACUCGUUGCAAAACUUGUCGACGAUGUUCAGCGGAAUCAGUCUAGGCGGAGGUCCGCCACCUCCUUUGCCACGACCCGAACAGCAACAACCGUUUUCUAACGGUAAGCAGCAAGGUUUCGUUUUAGUUCUGGGAAUUUUUUUUAAAGUUGGUAGUUGGAAAAAAGUUUUGAUGAUAAAUUUAUAAAUACUAAAAUUCCAGUUGACCAUCUUGGAGGCAGCAAUGGAGGAGGAAACUAUUCGAUGAUGUAUUACAAUCCGCCAACUCCCAACAACGUCGCCGAAAGCCCGAACUUCUUCGGUAGUUUCCCUGUUGCCCAUCAAAAAGUGAAACAAAAAAUUGCAGGAAACGCGAUGAACAUGAACAUGGGAUCUGGUAUCAUUCAGCCAAGCUUUCCUCCGCGUUCUGUUUUUUCCCCGACACAGUCUCAAAAUCCCCUGGCGCCAAACUAUCCACCUCCACUCAAUAACCGCGGAAGAAGGCCAGAUGAAAUGACGUCUGUCUUCCCCCUUUAAUGAAGUUCAUCAUUAUUCACUUGCAGGGAUGGCUUCAGUUUCCGACCACCAGGCCCUCAAAGAAGCGUCCUUCUUGACGAUUUCCGUUGCAAUCGCUGCAAUAACUUGCAACUGUCGGAUAUUCGUGGUCACGUUCUUGAGUUUGCCAAAGACCAGCACGGCUCAAGGUUUUUUUUAUUUUACUUUCUCGAUUUAAUCCAAACAAUUCAGGUUCAUCCAACAAAAGUUAGAGAGAUCCUCUCAGAGGGACAAGAACAUGAUCUUCCAGCCUGUCUUGGAGCACGCUGAGGAGCUCAUGACGGAUGUUUUCGGCAACUACGUUAUUCAGGUUUUUCUUGAUUUUAUUUCUCGAGUAAUGCGUAAGUUUUCAGAAGUUUUUCGAGUUUGGCACAUGUGAUCAACGCGCUCAACUUGUCAAUGCCAUUCAUGGCAACGUCAUGAAAUUGGCGUUGCAAAUGUACGGCUGCCGUGUGAUACAGAAAGCGUUGGAAUACGUGGAAGAAACCUACCAACUUGAAAUCCUCCGUGAAAUGGAGGGCCAGGUACUAAACAUGAACGUUUCGUGACUAUUCCAAUGUGUAUUAGCCGUUGAAGGUGCUUAAAUGCGUGAAGGACCAGAACGGUAACCAUGUGAUUCAAAAAGUCAUCGAACGUGUCGAGCCUCGGAAGCUUCAGUUCAUCAUUGACGCCUUCACGAAGACAAACGGCGAGACGGUAAGAUCAUUUUGGUAUUUAUCCUUCAAACAACAAUAAUCUGGAGGUGUACACAUUAUCGAUACAUCCCUAUGGUUGCCGAGUCAUUCAACGCGUCUUGGAGCACUGCACUGAGGACCAAAAACGACCGGUUCUUGAUGCUCUUCAUCAACACUUGAAGCAGCUGGUUACCGACCAGUACGGAAACUAUGUUGUCCAGCAUGUCAUUGAGCACGGAAGCCAGGAGGACAAAGAUGCGAUAGUUCAAGAGGUGAGAUUUUUUGGAAUAGAAAAUUGCGAACAAAAAAAAGUUCAAAAAAGUUUUUUUAUCUUAUAUCUCUGUUUCAGAUAUCUGACGAUCUAUCCAAGUUUGCGACCCACAAAUUCGCCUCGAACGUUAUUGAGAAAUGUCUAACCUACGGCUCCCAUCAACAGAAGAACGUCUUAAUCGACAAAGUUUGCGGUCAACCAAAUGAGUGAGUCACGAAUUAUACUUGGUCAUUAGCAAAAAUAAUUGAAGGCCAUCCCCGCCUUUGCUCCAAAUGAUGAAAGAUCCGUUUGCGAACUACGUCGUGCAGAAGAUGUUGGACGUUGCUGACGCCCAACACCGUAAAAAGAUCAUGAUGACAAUAAAACCUCAUAUUGCCAACCUCAAGAAGUACAACUUCGGAAAGCACAUUUUGGGUUAGUUGAUUCAUUUUUCGAAACGAAUUUAUCAGAACUGAAAAAAAACUUCUGCAAGAUGAUGAUUUGAAAAAAAAUAAAACAACUUCGAAGUAAGCAUGUUCAUUUUCAAUGAUUUUUAUUUAAGACCAAGUCGGUAAAAUGUUUUCUGUUUCUUAUCAGAUUUAAGAAAAACAUGAUUAUUGUAGGAUUUUUGGUAAAAAAGGGCAUUGAAUGGCAUUCCAAUUUUAGUGAAACUGGAGAAGUACUUCCAAAAACACCAGCCGCAAAUGAUGGCUCAUCAACCACCGCCAAUGGAUCACUACGACAUUCCUCUUGGCGGCGAUUUCACCAACCAUCGGCACAUGCCAACGUUCUCUUAA